AUGGAUAAUAAAAAGAAAGACAAGGACAAAUCAGAUGAUAGAAUGGCACGGCCAAGUGGUCGAUCAGGACAUAGUACACGAGGAACUGGAUCUUCAUCCUCUGGAGUUUUGAUGGUUGGACCUAACUUUAGAGUUGGAAAAAAAAUUGGUUGUGGCAAUUUUGGAGAAUUACGAUUAGGGAAAAAUUUAUACACAAAUGAAUAGAUGGCAAUUAAGCUGGAACCCAUGAAAUCCAGAGCACCACAGCUACAUUUGGAAUACAGAUUCUACAGACAAUUAGGAACUGAAGAUGGUAUACCUCAAGUUUACUAUUUUGGCCCUUGUGGUAAAUACAAUGCUAUGGUGCUAGAACUACUGGGACCUAGUUUGGAAGACUUAUUUGAUUUGUGUGACAGAACAUUUUCUCUUAAAACGGUUCUCAUGAUAGCUAUACAACUGAUUUCCCGUAUGGAAUAUGUCCAUUCAAAGAACUUGAUAUACAGAGAUGUAAAGCCUGAGAACUUCUUAAUAGGACGACCAGGGAACAAAACGCAGCAAGUUAUUCAUAUUAUAGAUUUUGGUUUGGCAAAAGAAUAUAUUGAUCCAGAGACGAAGAAACAUAUACCAUACAGAGAACACAAGAGUCUUACAGGAACAGCUAGAUAUAUGAGCAUAAACACACAUUUAGGAAAAGAACAAAGUAGAAGAGAUGAUUUAGAAGCUUUAGGUCAUAUGUUCAUGUAUUUUCUGAGAGGCAGUCUUCCUUGGCAAGGUUUAAAGGCUGACACAUUGAAAGAAAGGUAUCAGAAGAUUGGCGAUACAAAACGAGCCACACCAAUAGAAGUAUUAUGUGAAAAUUUUCCAGAAAUGGCGACAUAUCUUCGUUAUGUAAGAAGGCUAGAUUUCUUUGAAAAACCAGAUUAUGACUACCUAAGAAAGCUUUUUACUGACUUGUUUGAUCGAAAAGGAUAUAUGUUUGAUUAUGAAUAUGACUGGAUUGGUAAACAGUUGCCUACUCCAGUGGGUGCAGUUCAGCAAGAUCCAGCUCUAUCAUCAAACAGAGAAGCACAUCAGCACAGAGAUAAGAUGCAGCAAUCCAAAAAUCAGUCGGCAGACCACAGGGCAGCUUGGGACUCCCAGCAGGCAAAUCCCCACCAUUUGAGAGCUCACCUUGCAGCAGACAGACAUGGUGGCUCGGUACAGGUUGUAAGUUCUACAAAUGGAGAAUUAAACACAGAUGACCCUACUGCAGGACGUUCAAAUGCACCCAUCACGGCCCCUACAGAAGUGGAAGUGUUGGAUGAAACUAACUGCCAGAAAGUGUUGAACAUGUGGUGCUGCUGUUUUUUCAAACGAAGGAAAAGGAAAACUAUUCAGCGUCACAAAUAA